AUGCAGUUCAACCUAACCUACAUUCCAAUGAUCUUGCCAUCCGAACGACUACGUACGAUAGCUUGUGUCUAUGCUUGGAUUGUUCACAUCUUUAACGCUGGUUAUAUGAUAUUCACAAUUAAUAUUGUGAUCUACUGUUCACCUUCAAAAGUCGGGGUUUACAAAUACUAUGUGGUCUGGUCCAACUUCUGCUUGACAAUUAUGAUGAUGUUGUUCGCUAGCUACGAAAUUGAAAUGUUGGGGUAUUAUAAGCAAGCUGUUGCUCGUGGCGUGGUCGAGUUUUUUAAUGUAAGUUUAUCUGAUUGGUGUGAUAGAAUUGACUUAAUCAUACAGUUAAGGAACUUAAAGUAGAUGGGGCAGUUUUUGAAAGAUAAGGUGAUAUUAUGGUAAGGUAAGGUAUGGUAGAGCAAAGAUAUAGUAAAACAAAGGUAAGAAGGCAAGGAUAGGGUUAGGCAAGGGUAUGUAAAAAAAGGGGUAGGGUAAAAUAGGGCAGAGAACGGCAUGGUACGGCAGUGUCUGGUACGGUGCGGCACGGUAUGUUGCAGUACGAUAUGGCACGGUAGGGUCUAGUAAGAAAUGAUAAUGUAGGGUAGGGUACGGAUGAUAUGGUUGUAUACGGUACGGUAUGGCAAGUUACGGUAGGUAACGGUAAUGUAGGGUAUUGCAAUAUAUUGUACUUCAGGUUGCGAUACGGUAUAAUACGGUACGGAACGAUACGAUAGAAAAUGAUAACGUAGUGUAGGGUAGGGUAGGGUAGGGUAGGGUAGAGUAGAGUAGGGUAGGGUAGGGUAGGGUAGGGUAGGGUAGGGUAGGGUAGGGUAGGGUAGGGUAGGGUAGGGUAGGGUAGGGUAGGGUAGGGUAGGGUAGAAUAGGAUAGGAUAGGGUAGGGUAGGGUAGGGUAGGGUAGGGUAGAGUAGGGUAGAGUAGGGUAGGGCAGGGUAGGGUAGGGUAGGGUAGGGUAGGGUAGGGUAGGGUAGGGUAGGGUAGGGUACGGUAGAUAAUAGUAUGUUUUUACUUUCAGAUGCCUCAGCUUGGAAUAGUUUUGCAAAACAUAGCUUAUGCCUUUUUCGAAUCAAACGUAGUAAUUGUGUUGUGCAGGUUUGUGUACCGUUGGGCACAAGCUACAUCCAAAGAGAGAAUUGUUAAUUUCAUGUCUGGACAAUGGUUUUUGCUUCUGUUGAUAUUGUUAUGCAGUGCACUAAUAUGUAAAACAAUAUCAUUAAGCUUUAAUCAUCAAGCUAAUUCCGAAGCGUUUAAGAAGGAGUUUCCAAGUGAUGAUCCUGUUCUGAAGGCUUAUAUCAUGGAGCAUGCUAUUAAUGUUGUUGAGGUAGGUGUUUGAUUUUAAAAAGUCUUACAUUAUCGACUUAAACGUCGGCUUGUGGGCUUAGUUUUGGGUUUUUUCUUAGGCUCAAAAUCGAAUUUUUUAGGCUUAAGCUUCUUGGCUUAGGUUGCGGCUUAGACUUGUUCUGUAUCUUAAACUUGGGUUUCCAGGCUUUGUUUUUUAGUUUUAAGUAUGUAGGUUUAGGCUUAGGCUUAGACUUAGGCUUAGGCUCAGGCUUAGGCUUAGGCUUAGGCUUAGACUUAGGCUUAGGCUUAGGCUUAGGCUUAGGCUUAGGCUUAGGCUUAGGAUUAGGUUUAGGUUUAAGUUUAGGCUUAGACUUAAACUUAAGAUUAAGUUUAGGUUUAUGCCUAAGCUUAAGCUUAGGUUUCUAAGCUUUAAGCUUUUAAGCUUACAAUUUCAAACAAGCCUAGUGAUUUUUAGGCUUAGGCUGUUAGUUUCAAACGAUUGAAUUUAAAAUUCAAUUUUCAGCCAAAUCAAUUUGACUUCAUUUUCCAACAAGUCGUCUUUCCAUGUGUAAUCCUAGCCGGCACAUUCUGUACAAUUCAGUGCUACCGUAUGCAAUGUUCUCCACUAGCCCCACGUUUGAGCCACACAACAAGGCAAAUGUACAAGCUAUUAAUCAAUGUUCUUGUCUUUGAACAAUUAUAUGUCGUAUUUUACUGUAUUAUACCAUUUAUGUUCACCAAGUACUUCAUACCUCCCAAGUAUGCCGCAAUAGCUGAGUUUAUAAUACUGCGUGCUUGUUAUCUUUACCCUACGUUUGUUAUGACCUUCACAUUGGCCUUUUAUAGACAAUAUCGAAGUGGGGUGGUGUCGUUUUUCGGCCGAAUCAGGGUGUCGAAUUCGCUGGUUCCGUCGGUUAGUUCUCAUCAUGAUCUGGCGAUGAGUAUUUAUUAA